AUGCACGUCAAUGGUACUCAGGAUGAUAAUGUUCCUUUUGAGCAAAACUAUGCUCCUCUAUGGGGGCAAGAAAAUAUACGGCUUCUCAACCAAAGCAGGGAAGUUCAGCUAACCUUAGACCAACAUUCGGGUUGUGGUUUUCAGUCCUCGCAGAAAUAUGGUUCUGGAUGGUUUAACAUUAGGAUUAAGUUGCCACAGAAGGAUUCCACGACAGUGAUCACAACUUUCUAUUUCAUCUCAGAUAGCGGAGCAACUAGAGAUGAAAUUGACUUUGAAUUCUUGGGUAGUAAUAAGCAACGACCUUAUUUAUUACACACAAACAUAUAUACAAAAGGGCAAGGUGGCAGGGAGCAACGGAUCAUUCUUUGGUUUGAUCCCACUGCAGAUUUUCAUAAUUACACCCUUCUCUGGAACCAACAACAAAUAGUAUUUUUUGUGGACGACACACCUAUCAGGGUGUUCAAGAACACCACAAGUAAAGGAGGGAGCUUCCCAACACAGACAUUGAGGAUUAUGGCAACAAUUUGGACAAGCACAUGGGCAUCUGGUGGACUUCCAGUGAAAUGGAGUGAUGCACCCUUUGAAGCACACUACAAAGGAUUUGGAAUCAACAAUGCGUGCCAAACACAGAACACAUAUGACCAAGAAUGUUAUUCCUCUAAGUAUUGGUGGAAUGCUGACAAGUAUCAAAAACUAAACCCUCUUCAACAACAGGCCUACAACAAUGUGCGAAAGAAGUAUUUGAAUUAUGAUUAUUGUACUAAAAUUCAGAGUCCUGAGUGUCAAGGUUGA